GGCUCUCCACCAACGAGCCUAUACCCAUGAUGCCGGUCGCCGACACCGCCAUCAGGCAGUACAUUUCCAGAUGUGUGGUGUGCGAGGCCCCCACUAACGUGCUCGCAGUCCACAGCCAGUCCCUCAACAUCCCCGAGUGUCCCAACGGCUGGGCGGGACUUUGGAUCGGCUACUCCUUCGUCAUGCACACGGCAGCAGGAGGCGAAGGAGGGGGCCAAGCUCUAAGCAGUCCCGGGUCCUGCCUUGAGGACUUUAGAGCCACGCCGUUCAUUGAGUGUAACGGAGCUAAGGGAACGUGUCAUUAUUUCGCCAACAAACUGUCCUUCUGGCUGGCCACUGUCAGCGACAGGGACCAAUUUGCGGGACCGGUCCCGGAGACACUCAAGGCGGGGAGUCUCCGGACCCGAGUGUCCCGCUGCAAGGUCUGCAUCAAGAGCUAGGGACCCUGCUGGAGGCCCCGGAGAGGGGCCCCGAAGGGGAGGCCCCAAAGGGGAGAUCCUGAGGGGAGUAAGAGGCCUCGGAGGGAGGGCCCAAAGGGGAGUUGAAAGGCCUCGGAGGGAGGCCACGAAGGGGACUUUAAAAGGGAGAUAAUGAAGGCCCAAGGGCGGACUUAAAAGGGAUAUAAGGGAACCAAGGGGGUAUUUGAACGGUACUUAAUAAGGUUCCAGAUGAGACUUAAGCGGGAUAUAAUGAACACAAAGGAUGGACUUAAACGGGACUUGAAGGGGCCUUAGGACAGACUUGAAAGGAGGGUUAAUGAAGCCUCAUGGGGACUUGAAUAGGAAUUAAUGUUGCCCCUUGGGGACUUGAAUACAGGAAGAGGGGGACUUGGUCUUAAGGGGAGGGGCUAGGGGUAAGAAAGAGGUUUAGUAUUUGCGGUAUUUCAUAAAGUAAUUUUUCAUCUGUAAUCGCGUAUAUUUUUAUACAUUCGGCACCAUAUUUUUCUGUAUGGCAUUUGUGUGCUAAAUUUUUUGUAAUUCAAUGCGCCAGAUAUUUUAGCUGUGGCAUCACUGAAUAAAUAAUUAUUGGUCCUUGAAACGAUUAUUAAAGGGACCUAUCGCUGCCACAGCUCAUUUUUUAGAUACUAAUCACUUUAAAUUAAUUGGCGAUAUAGAAAAUUUUAGUGAAAAUUUAACAAAAUAAAUUCUAGGUUUAAAGAAAAAAGUUUAAAAAAACUUGAGCUUCCGCAACUCCGGAGUUUGUGCCAAAAAAUUUCGGUAACAAAAUUCGAUUACAAAUUUCGAAAUUAUUUGACAUUAAUGAAAAGAUUUGCUAAAAACUGUGAAAUUAUUGAAUGUUAAUAAAGUUUUAGCUAAAAAGAUAGAAAUUUCGAAUA